GGGAAGCGCUCUUGUCGCUGACGCCCCCGAGGGAGCCCCCCUUUUAAAAUAAAGCGGCGGCGGCGCGGCGGGAAGAGGGGGGUGUGCGCUGGCCUCGCUCGGUCCCGCACGCCGGCGGGCGGACAGAUAAACAGACAACAGACAGACGGAGCGAGCGCUGCAGGAUGCCUGCGGCCAGGGGCUGAAGCGGGCGGGGGACGAGAGGUCGCGAGGAGCGGGAGAAGGAAAAGGAAGGCGAGAGCGGCGCGCCUGGAGGGUCUCGCGCCCGCUCCGGGGAUGGCGCCGGUGAACGAGCAGCUGGAGCAGCAGGGCGCGGGGGGAGACCCCGCUGCCGCCGCGACACCCCUGCCCGGCCCGCCGGCGGGCGAGGAGCCGCGGCGGGAGAAGGGCGGCGAGUGGUGCCCCGGGAGCGGCGAGAGCGGGGCCCAGCCUCGGGCAGCGGCUGAGGAGGCCCCCGGCAGCCCGGGCUGCCCCGGGAGCGCUGCGGCGCCGGAGCCCCCCGAGGGCGGCUGGGGCUGGGUGGUGAUGCUGGCCGCCAUGUGGUGCAACGGCGCCGUCUUCGGCAUUCAGAACUCAUGCGGGGUCCUCUUCGUCUCCAUGCUCCGGCUCUUCGGCAGCCCCGACGACAAGCAGCUGGUCUUCAAAACAGCAUGGGUGAGCUCUCUUUCCAUGGGAAUGGUCUUCUUCUGCUCCCCAAUAGUCAGCAUAUUCACAGACCUGUUUGGGUGUCGAAAAGUAGCUGUUAUUGGAGCUGCAGUAGGGUUUGUUGGACUCCUUUCAAGUUCUUUUGUAGGCACCAUUGAACCUCUGUAUUUCACCUAUGGGAUCCUGUUUGCCUGUGGCUGCUCCUUUGCCUACCAGCCGUCCCUGGUCAUUCUCGGGCACUACUUCAAGAAGCGCCUGGGACUCGUGAAUGGCAUUGUCACCGCAGGCAGCAGCCUGUUCACAGUGUCACUGCCCUUCCUCCUGAGGGUACUCAUCGACUCUGUCGACCUGUUCAACACCUUGAGGGUCCUCUGCAUCCUUAUGUUUGUUCUCUUCCUGGCUGGAUUUACGUACAAACCUCUUGUUCCCAACACCAAAGACAAGGAGGGAGGAAAGAAGGGAAAAUUCAAAUUACCUCCUGCAAAAAAGAUUUGCAAUUUCUCUGUUUUCAAAGUUCUCAGUUACCGAAUCUGGGCUUUAGGGAUUCCAACUGCACUUUUUGGAUACUUUGUGCCUUAUGUUCACUUGAUGAAUCAUGUAAAAGAGAGGUUUGUUGACAGCGUGCCAGAAGAAGUGCUUCUGCUGUGUCUGGGCAUUACUUCAGGAGUUGGCAGAUUGAUCUUUGGCAGAGUGGCAGAUUAUAUUCCUGGUGCAAAAAAAAUCUAUCUACAGGUGGCCUCAUUCUUUUUCAUUGGGCUGAUGUCUAUGAUGAUUCCACUGUGCAGUGUCUUUGGAGCUCUCAUUGCUGUCUGUCUCUUCAUGGGCCUGUUUGAUGGGUGCUUCAUUUGCAUCAUGGCUCCUAUUGCCUUUGAGCUCGUUGGGGCUCAGGAUGUCUCCCAGGCCAUCGGGUUUCUGCUUGGACUCAUGUCAGUGCCUAUGACAGUUGGUCCGCCCAUUGCAGGUUUGCUGCGGGAUAGGCUUGGCACCUACGAUGUGGCAUUUUACCUGGCUGGAGUCCCUCCCCUCAUUGGAGGAGCGAUUUUGUGUUUCAUCCCCUGGGUCCAUGAGCGGCAGAAGUUGAAAGAAAGAGCAAAACCUGUUGAUGGAGAAACUACUGAGAAGAUGCUGGAGAAUGAAAGCACUUUGGUGUCGGACACAACAGAAAAGCCAGUCAAAGAACUGGAUUCUGGUGUUUGAUGUUUUUUUCUUUUCCCUACACCAUCCUGACCUCCUCUUACUGAAACCAGAUUUCUACUUCUUGGCUGGAGAUACUAUAUGAUACUGAAGUCUUGAACUAUUGCUCAAAUUGCAGAACUGCUACAAGAAUCUUUUAUACCAUUGAACUGGUUUGACAAGUCUUUGAAUUUGAUUUCAAGCCACAUUUUCAAGGUAUUUGAAGUUUUGUAGCUUUAGUGUGUACGUGCGAAGUGAUUCUGUGUGUGAAGAGAAUAUUUUUCUAAUCCAUCAGAACUGAUUUCUGGAAAUGUGAAAGCUGUUUUUCCUUCACUGACCCAGGAUUCUUCAAUGAUGUCUAUGAUCCACCCUCUGCAGGCACGCCCCUGGGUGUUUAUACUGGAUAAAGUAGCUCUUGCGACUGAUCUGUUUUAUUGAAGUUUAUCAUGCUGUUUACAGUCUUCUAUAAUUCUCUAUCAUGAACACAAAUAUGCAUUUUUUUGCUGAAAUGAUUGUUUCAUUAGAAAGCUAAAUUAUUAUACAACUGUUGAAACACUCACUUGUGUUUGCAUUCACCUUUCACAGUAGCCCAAAGAACAUUAAGGAUGGCAUUUUUGAUGGGCUCAGGUUCUGAAUAUGUUCAAACCAAGCUCCAAGUGCAAACACGUUCAGAAGUUAAGCUGCUGAAUAAUAGAUUUUUUUUAUUGUUAUUAUUAUUAUUAUUUGGUGAAAGCAAUACCCUUAAGAUGUAUGUUUGUAAAUCUUUUUUCAGCCAAACCUCAGAGUAAUGGAUGGUUUUGAAACUGUACUGACUAAUUCUUUGGAGCAGUAUUGUGAAUUAGACUAAAUUUCAAAUUCUGUUGUACUUCUUAGGAUUUUUUUUUUUUAUAAAACCAAGACAGCUUUAAAGGAUACAUUCUAAGUGCAAUACCAAGUUUUUUUAAAUGUGGAAAUAUACACGAGCUAUUAAAACAACAUUCAGCAAUUGAAGUUUUUUGCACUAUGUGAACAUGCAGGUUUAUUACAGGUCUUUAUACCUGUGCUCAACUGCCUGUAGAUUAUAUAGCUCCAUAUUUUUUUCAAAUAUAAAGAAGAGUCUUGCAUGUCCUAUUUCUUGCUUGACACCCUAAACAAAUGGCCCCAUUGCUUACAUAUCCUUAGGUAUUAUGCACUGUUUGUCAAGCAAGUAACCUCUUUUUCUGAAAAAUGUUUAAAAGCAUAAUACUUUAAGAUGAAAACACUGCUUUUCAGUUUAUCAUAAAACACUUCUAAGUACACUGCUUAUCUAUGGAUAUUGUUCAGCAAUCACUGGAAUACUUAAUCAUUUUUUAUUUCAGGUCCAUUUAAUACCAAUUAUUUUUGUUGCCUCAUUUAAAACUGUCCUAGCAAAGAGUAAACUAAAUGUGAUCUGGGCAAAAUGUGUAUUCAAGUGCUUUGUUUAAUUAGUAACUGUUCUUUACAUAAACCAUGGAGGCAUACUGGGUUUUUUUUGUUUUUUUUAUGAUAGCCUUUAUUAUCUUAAUUACCUUAAUUACUUUUUUAUUUUCAUUCUUCUUUUUCCAGUGUUGUAGUAAAUUGCUCAGAAAACCCAUAUAAAACAACAAUACUAUUGCAUUUAAUGUUUACAUCUAGCAACCAACAGAAGUUCUUUAAAUAUAAUCAUGCAAAGCAUUCUAAUUAUUGUAGACCAAAGCUCAGGCAUUUUUUAUAUUGCAGGAUUUCAAUCCUUUCUUUGCAUGAGUGAGGUCUAAAAUAAUUGAAUAUUAAAAUGUUAGAGAGACAUCUGUAGAGGGACUUGGAGGUGGGGGCAGGGGGAAAGUCAAUCUGGAAAACCAAGGUCCCUUCAGGUUCACCGGGACUCGUGCUUUGGCACAUUGCAGGUACUUCUAAAAAUGUCAUUGAAAUAUGCACAGUAGUGUUAAUUAAAAUUACUGCCUUCAUUACAACAGUGAUGCUGACUGCCAAUGCUGCUCUUGUCUGGAGUGUUUCUGUAGAACAUGAUAUUCAGUAUUAUUUUCCAUUUGGGCAACACAGGAGGUGUUGGCUAAGUGUGGUAAAAGACUCUCAUUUCCUGUUGUCCUGUUAUAAAAAAUUACUGUUCAUCACAGAUCUUGCACUUCAUGUGUUUUUUAGCCCUGAGUUUUAUACCAAAACCAGAGCUGCUGCUUUUUUAAAAUCACUGGUGCAAUUUGAAAGGAUUGUGAACAGGUAUCUUGGUGUAAUUAUGGCAUCUUUCCAACUUGCUGCUCUGCAUCUCUAAAUUAUCUGGGAGAGUAUAUAAAAUAAUUGUUGUAAACAUUUAUAAAUGACAUGGAAAUGGUAUACAGUACUACGUCAAUAGUAUGGAUUAAUUAUUGCCAUGCUGUUUAAAAAGAAAAAAAUUCCAAACUCCAAUAUUUACAUAAAAUUUAUAAAAAUCCCCAAACCAAAAAACCUACAAAAGUCGUGACCUCUGUGAGGAGGAUGCAAUGACUAAUUGUUUAGGAGUGAUUCCUAUGGUAGAACCAGCUAGUGAGUGGGAUAUUGGAUGAGAGGGAAGCAGAGUUUGGGGGGAAGGAAGCUCUGCUGGUGUGAUGAUGUUGGAAUAACAAACCCAUUUCUCAUGCAGUGCCUGCUUUGCAACAAUGCUACAUUGGAAAGGUUUUUCAGAGAAGAUAAAGUAAAUGGCUGUUUAAGAACUCUGUUAGCAUCUUUUCUGUUAGUUUGUAUCUGUGGGGGAAAUGUCCAGUAGCACAUGCUCUUUUCUGGACAAAAGCAUAAGGUGUUUAUGUCCUAAGGCUAGUAAGAUGAAAAACAAGCUCAGAUUGUUUGUGCUGAGGCUGACCAAACACUGAGGAACUUAUUGAGAGAUAUACUAGAUUCUGUAUGCCCUGAGGUUUUAAAAAUGAGGUUAGAUGACUCUAUUUUAAGAAAACCCAACAAAUAAAUCCCCAAACAAACUAAAACAUGAAAAACCCUAUACAAAUGGCAGCUAUUUAGUAAAUUUAUUUUAAAAAAUAUUUAAUAUUGUAGAAGUGGAAAAAAAGGACUGAAUAUUCCAUUUUAUUUUAACUGAAUAAAUGCAAAUAAGAUUUCGUAACAAUUUAUUUUUAGGUGUGAAAAACUAUUCAUGGGGAACCUGCUGAAAUCUUACUUUGAUGACCUAAAUCAUGCAAGCCUUAAUAUGGUUUGCGGUAGAUUGUAAAAUUAAAAUAGCAGAUGAAAUCAAGAAGGACCCUUAAAUCACUCUGAUCUAUCCCUCUCUUGAGAACAGUUCAUAGAGUACUUUCUAUAGACAUUGUUCUUGUAUCCUAUAAACAAAGUAAUCAUCUUUUCAUUGAAUGUUCUCAGGGUAAAUCUUAAGAAGAAAAUGAGUAGAAACAGGUUCAUUUAAAAUGGUAGUGUGAAAUUUCUACUCCUAUGUGGUGCUGUCAUUUAAUACACCAGAUCUUGAAACCAAUACUAAUUUUAAGCGAAGUUUUAUUGGUUUCAUUCUUUUUCAGUAGGUAUGAGAUCCUUUAAAUCUAAAGAAAACUGUUCAGCAGAGUCUGAAAUGAUGGAAACCCUUUGGAUUCCUAAUUACAUCUCAGCUAUGCAACAGGAUCCACUGUGUAACUAGAAAAGUAUUGAUGGAUUUGUCCUGGAUACUUUUGAAGACCUGAAGAUCUAUACAAAUCUCAGACCCAGACUUCAAAUUAUCACAUAGUUAGAAUUUCUUGCAUCCAGGUCUUUGUCUGUUCAACAUUAGUAUUUAAAUUAUUUUUCUGAUUUUAUUUCCAGUGACAAUUUAUGGUCCCUGAAAAUUGCCCCCAUGAGUCAAAGAUGCCGUAGCUGUUGCAUGGCCUUUCUUCAGGAUGUAUUUGGCAUCAGAUGAGGCAGACAACUGACACUGUUCUCCUUUGGCCCUUCAUGCACUAUGUGUGGGCACUUAAUUUCCCCCUCCCUGCAGAGAUACUGGAUUGUCGAUGCCCACCACAUCGGAAAUGGGUGGUACUUUCCAGCCUUCCCUGGAUGAAGCCUUUGAGCAGGCACAGCCUGGCAGAGCAGGCAGGUUUUGGAGUGGUGGGGGGUGUGAGGUUGCAUCGCCCCUGCGGGAGGCAGCUCUCAGGGGGGGGUACCAGAUGAGUGCUUUGAUCAGAGGCUCGUGGUGUAAAAAAAGGGACACUGCCAUUGUAAAGCAGAAGUGCCCUGCUCAGGUCCUUGCCUCGGGUAGGACAUGCCAAAGGGACAGGAGGGGCUUCCUUGCAGCCCCAAAGAGUCUGUGUCAGGUUGGGGAUCAGUGCUGCAAUCCUUCAUGUCAUCCAUUCGGGUCGGCUUACACAGCUGGGCUCUCCCUGUGCUGGCACAGGGCAUUCCCAGCCUGGCUGCUUGCACAGGGGCUCAGCUGGGCCCUCUGGGCAGGGAGCAGAGGCAGUGCCUAGUCUGGGGCCCAGAUUCCCCUUUGGAGAGCUGGAAGUGUUACAGAAGUCAGAAAUGACCCCCUGCUAUUAAGAGAGUGUGUGUAUCUAUAAAUACAAUGUAUUUUGACCAGGGCAUGCACAAACAGUCUGCACCUCACUAGAGGAGGCGUAGUUCUGAAAUGCGAGAGAUGGCUGAGGAAGAAGUGGUGCCUUUCUCUGUGUGCCUCCCUGUUGACAAGCACAGCACCAGUGGAGUUCCAGCCAGCCAGUGAUUUUCUAGUCAUGCAAGCUUUGGCAUAUGUGCAGUAUGCCUUCUAGUCUAUAUAUAUCUUGUGUCGACAGCUGUAAUGUUUUGGAAGUGCAUAUGCUAAGAUUGGAGUGAUUUUAUACUAAAAUGUUUGGUAAUAUUGACAACACCAACAUGUUUAAGUAUCUUUAUAGACAUCAUAUUUUGUAUGUUGUUUUUGAUAAUAAAGGGUACAUGUUUUGCUAGCCUUAUCUCCAGUCUUUCAAGUUCUGCUUUGUUAGAAGGGUAAGAAAUGAAUGUUUAAUGUUUCUCGUGGUGCUAAAGUAACUGUGAUUGGUCUCAAAUUAUUCAGAAUAAAGAUGGUAGUUUGUAAGUGC